GCUAAACAGAAUACUGAAUCAUUCAGCCUGUUCAAGCGGCCAGCGGUGCACGUAUCCAAACGUUGCUAUUUUUAAUCUAUAUCUUUUUUAAUCUGUGUCAUAGCGUCUUUGGCGGGAUUCAACGAAAAAAUUGUUGCCCAGCGCUCUGAAGUCUACGUCUAAGGCCCCAGAAAUCACGUCGAGAAAAGUGUCUUACAAGGCAAAAACGUUGUUCGAGAAUGGAAUCACAUGAGAAGAACGUGUUCACAGUGGGGCACGACCUGAGCCCCACGACCACUGAUAUCGUUGAAAUGAAACCAGCAGUGAACGGCGUGGAAGCUGGUCCAACGAAGAAGCUGAAAGACCUGGACGAUCUCCUGCCAUAUGUGGGAGACUUCGGCUGGUACCAGCGCAUACUGUUCCUGCUGAUGAUACCUUACUCCUUCUUCUUCGCGUUCGUGUACUUUGGACAGAUAUUCAUGACCCUGGUGCCUGAAGAACAUUGGUGUUACGUACCGGAGCUGGGGAAUUUGAGUGUGGAGGAAAGACGUCAUCUUUCAAUUCCAUUUGUCGACGGAAAAUAUGACAAAUGCUCCGUAUACGACGUGAACUGGACAUCCGUACUCCAGAAUGGAACCUUGACUCCAAACCCAGAGUGGACCGUGAAGAAAUGUGAACACAAAUGGGAAUUCAACUAUUCUGAUGUCCCAUAUGAAACUAUUGCAUCUCAGCAAGGAUGGGUGUGCGACAAAGAUGACUAUCCAGCGACUGCUCAAGCUAUUUUCUUCUGUGGAGGCAUAGCAGGAGGGUUCAUUUUCGGAUGGGUGGCUGAUAAAUAUGGAAGACUACCAGCUUUGAUUGGUGCGAAUUUGGCCGGCUUUGUAGGCGGUUUGGGAUCAGUAUUUACAAACGCUUUCUGGUCAUUCUGUAUCUGCCGGUUCAUUGUCGGACUGGCGUACGACAACUGUUUCAUCAUUAUGUAUAUUGUUGUGCUGGAAUACGUAGGCUUAAAAUGGAGGACAUUCGUCGCCAACAUGUCGAUUGCCGUCUACUUCACAUUCGCUGCCUGCCUUCUACCCUGGAUCGCUCUGGCUGUGAAUGAUUGGAAGAUCUAUACCCUCAUCAUCAGUGUUCCUCUGGCAUUAGCUGUUCUCACUCCUUGUGUGGUUCCUGAGAGUGCGAGAUGGUUAAUAGCUCAAGGACGUAUCGAUGAAGCUAUCAAAAUUAUGCAGAAAUGUGAGCGAAUCAACAAGAAGAAGAUACCAACCGAAGUUAUUGAGGAAUUCAGGGUAACAGCAACAGAAAUAGCGAAGCAAGAACAGGAAUGCAAGAACUACAGCGUUCUAGAUCUGCUGAAGACUCCUCGUCUGCGGCGCCACAGCAUUCUCCUGGUCAUCAUUUGGAUGUCCAUCGCCAUGGUCUUCGAUGGCCACGUCAGGAACGUCGGCUCCUUGGGGCUGGACAUCUUCAAGACCUUCACUGUUGCCACGUUCACGGAGUUCCCUGCUGAUGUCCUACUGAUCCUGAUUUUGGAUAUUAUCGGACGUCGUUGGCUAGCAUUCAGUACGAUGGUGAUCAGUGGAAUAUUCAGUUUCCUAGCUUGCACUGCACCUGUUGGUAUAGCCUCAGCCUCCCUAGCAAUAGUAGGCCGCUUUGCAGUGAACAUUUCAUUCAACAUCGGAAUGCAAUAUGCAGCAGAGUUGCUCCCCACAGUGGUGCGGGCGCAGGGCAUCGCCCUCAUUCAUAUCAGUGGAUACGUCGCUACUAUACUCACACCGUACAUCGUUUAUAUGGCCACCAUAGCAAGAGAGAUUCCCCUACUGAUUCUGGGUGCUCUAGGCAUAUUCGGAGGCUUCCUAUGCCUGUUCCUGCCUGAAUCUAUGGGCAAGGAGAUGCCUCAGACUAUCCAGGAUGGUGAGAACUACGGUCUGGACCAGAAGUUCUGGGACUUUCCAUGUUGCAACAGAAAGAAGAACAAAGAAGUAAAGAACGAGACACGAUAUUGAGAAUGUGAAAUAUCCAUCGUCUGUAGAAGACACAUAAUUAUGACUUAAUUUAAACCACAUGUACAUAGAGCUGUUCACACAUAAUUG